AUGGAAUUGUGGCCUAUAUCUACUAAUCCAACAGUUGCACCACCUGAAAUUAAAAACAUGCCUGGAAGGCCAGGUAAGCUUAGAAGGAAAGAAGCUGGAGAAACAAAGAAAUUAGGAAAGUUACCUAGAACUGGACUUGCCAUGACCUGCCGUAAUUGUAAUGGUAGAGAUCAUAACAAGAGAGGUUGUCCACAAAAUGUUCAAUCAUCGGCAAAGGAGGAACCAUCAGGUUCAGGUAAUGGAAGAGGCAACACAUCAAGUUCAGGUAGGGGAAGAGGCAACACAUCAGGUUCAGGGGAAGAGAAUCCAUCAACAGAAGGUGAGCCCCCAUCAAAAAGGGGAAGAGGAAGACCAAGAAAAACACCUACUGCACCUCCAGCACCUCUUACAUAUCCAACACUUAGUGCUCCUCCUCCACCUACAACAAUUUCCUUGCCUACUACUAGUAAAAAAGGAAGACCAAGAAAAACACCUCUUGCACAUCCUACAUAUCUUGAACAUCCAACACCACCUACUUUAUUGCCAACUACUAGUAAAAGAGGAAGACCAAGAAAAACACCUCCUGCACAUCCUGCAUAUCUUGAACAUCCAGCACAUUCAGCACCACCUACUUCAUUGCCAACUACUAGUAAAAGAGGAAGGGGCAAGGGAAGUGAAAGCACAAUCCCAUACAAAAGAUCAUCAAUCAUGGGAAUAGGUGUGUUUCAAGCUGAAAAUGGAUUCAAACCUGGCAUGCCAAGCUUUAAGAUGCGCUCUACUGGUGCAACCAAAGUGACAAGAUCAACUGACAUAACUGGUGAUAUUGGUUUCAAACCAAGUACUGCAAGCAAGCUUAAGUGGAAAGGGAAAUCAGCAAUAUCAACAAGAAAACUUCAAGAAAUGAGUGAGCAACAAAGAAAAAACCCAAAAGGAAGUAGUUCAAACAAUCCAAGCCAAUCUAAGGAUCCAUGGAAAAUGUAG